AUGGGAAUGCACUGUGCCAUGCUCCCAGGGGCACUGGGAGACAGAGAAUUCUGGAUGCGGCCAGGCCUGGGCAGGAAGGGGAUAAAAGCCACUGGCUCCAACCAGCCGGGCAGGACAGCUCCAGCACUAGAGAGGACUCAGCCUCAGCACCCCAAGCCAGCCACAGAAGCAGAGAUGCUGUGCCGCCUGCACCUUCAGCCACCUUCCCACAGAGCCCCAGCUCCCUCCGUGGGCCCUCUGCGCACAUUGUGGCCUCAACCUAACACAGUCUUUUCGGACUUGGAGCGGCAGCUGCAGUGGAAGAUGGAUUGGGCCCAAGAGCUUAUGAGCAGUGUCCAGCAGCUCCUGCUAGGUGAAGGGAACAGCAGCUCCAGCACAGAGCGAGAGCAGAGUGCCAGUGGGACCAUGCCCCAGGGAGCGGAUGGGGCCUUCACUGUGUGCCAGGAUGUCAAGGACUUUGCCCCAGGGGAGCUAACGGUGAAGCUGGUGGGCAGGAAGGUGCUGCUGACAGGCAAGAAGGCAACGCAGAGCAAGGACAGCAAAGGUUCCUUCUCCUACAAGUACGAGGUGUUCAAGCGGGAGUGGGACAUGCCCAAGGGCGUAGACCCCAACAGCCUAACCUGCUCCGUCUCCAGCGAGGGCCAGCUGCGCAUCAAAGCCCCGUGCCAAGGGCAGAGAGCAACCCCUGAGAGGAAUGUGCCCAUCCACAUCACCCCUGCAGGAAGCCCAGAGGCUGAGGCCGUGGCAGGCUGCAAGGAAGGGACCAAUGACAGAGCCAGGGCAUAGUGGGGAACAA